GUAUCCUAACCUAUUCGCGGGAGUUAUCCUGUUUUGUUGGUUAUGUUCGAGCAUGUCCAGUCCAGAAACGGUAGAUGACGAAGAAGAGGAAGCAGAAGACCCAAUUGAUUUGGAGUAUGAAACCGAACUCAGUUUAUUUAUUAGUGAACAGGAGCUUUUGAUCAAUCACAAUGUUAAUCGAGAAAGUAUCAAACAGGAGGGAGUUAGCAGAAAGGAUAGUCAAGAAAUAGUACGAACACCAUUUGAGAACAAGAUUUGCAACUCCCAACGAAAGCAAUAUUCUGUAUAUUAUAUACCAGUACGUUCGACAGUAGCUGAAUUUAACUGUUCUUAUUGUGAUUACAUAACUAAGUGGAAGAACAAUUUAACUGCCCAUAUGAGUGGCCGUCAUCGUGCAACGACAUUUAAAUAUCCACAUUGCGAGUACGUAAGAAAGUGGAUGCGUUCUUUACCGGUGUUUAAAUGUAAUUGUUGUACUUAUGCGACCAAAUGGAAGUAUAAUCUCACUGCACACGUUAGUGGUCGUCAUGGCUCAACGUUUUUGCUUUUACAUCACAAGGGCCAAGUGGAUCAAGGUCCAGUGAAACCAGAAACCACUCCAAUUUCAAAGAAAAAAACUGAAAGUUCUUUUGAUAUACAUAAUCAUCGAUCAGAGAAAGUAGAAGAUAGUCUCGCAAAAACCAUAUUUUGGCGCCAUUACGUCGAUCUUCUCCUAAAUGCUACCCCGGCUACGGAUUUCGAUAGGUCAAACCGAUGGAAAAAUAAAUUUGUGCCAAAUAUUGUCGCCAAAUGUGAACAGUGUGAUUUUGUUUCGAAAUCGAAACAGUCCCUAGCUCUGCAUGUUUGUCGGUUCCAGCCCUACUUGGUUGAUCGCAUGAAAAUCUGCUAUAAUUCGGAUGGCUUUAAGUGCAUUCAUUGCGAUUAUUCAACCAAAUUUAAUAAGAGGUUGUCUCUGCACAUGCAGAGUUGCCAUUUGGAACUUUAGUUAUGACGUGAGGUCGAGAAUUUUUUACUGUUGAAUGGUCUGUGCCUAUCUCAAAGAAACAUGCCGUGUAAACUUCAAGUUAUAGAAUGUAAAUAUGUACAUUGUAUUUUUUUAAGUUUAAGAAUAAAAUGAUGAUUUCCUUG